UGCAGUGAACACAUUUUCAAUUGACAAGUACCAAAAAUCGCUACUUUUCUCCUUUUUACGAACUAUAGUUAAUAUGAAAAUAAAUUUUUAAAAAAGCAAUUAUAGAUUCUGAUAGAGCGUGAAAUCCCCCAUCAUCCUAUAUAUUUUUGUCCUGUCUUGCAUUUGUCGAAGCUAUCAUUUCAAGUGCAAACUUUCAAUCAUCAGAAGGGUGUCCUGCUGCGAAAACCAAUGCCUUGUUACGGAAAACAGUGGAAAACAUUUUGAGUUCACUACUACCGGGUAUGUGUGCCGAUUUCAUAUUGGAUAAAACGGACAAAUGGAAAAUAUUUUCGCCACGUUUGACGGGUCGUACGCUACCAUCCGGUUCAUUCCCUACACCCGACGCGGCAUUAGAAUAUCUUUAUGGUAUAUUAUUAAAAAAAUGAUUUAAAAUAUGUUCCGUGUGAAACUACUUUACGAACGAACUCUCACACUGUCCACACCCCCGCCGCCCAACUUUCCAGCUCUUGCUACGAGCGAAGAUCUCCAAAAAGACUUGUUUUUUCAGCGAAAAACCUCUCAAAAUCUCUAAAAAUAAUUUUUCUUUUUAUAAAUAUAAUUUUUUAGAUAUAGUGCAAUGAGCUCUCUUCGAUGAGUGCAUUGAAUAAAAUAAAUAAAUUUCUGUUAGUGACAACUAGUGCGCAUACGAAUAAUGACUCGCAGCGUAUUUCUUCUUUUUCUCGCUAUCAUUUCAAGUGCAAACUUUCAAUCAUCAGAAGGGUGUCCUGCUGCGAAAACCAAUGCCUUGUUACGGAAAACAGUGGAAAACAUUUUGGGUUCAGUACUACCGGGUAUGUGUGCCGAUUUCAUAUUGGAUAAAACGGACAAAUAGGAAAUAUUUUCGCCACGUUUAACGGGUCGUGUGCUACCAUCCGGUUCAUUCCCUACACCCGACGCGGCAUUAGAAUAUCUUUAUGGUAUUUUGUGCGAUUUACCUGGUUUUUAUCCUCGUUCAUAUAUAGCUGUAGCAGCCAGCUUGAAUUCGUUAUUAUUUGACACUGGAAAUUAUUUGGCUUCUGCUGACAUUACAUUACGUUUGAAUCCGAAUAGAAACUUAACAUUUUUCACGUAUCUUGCAUUUGACAAACACCAUCGGAUCUGUGGCUAUGAUGCCCAAAUUAGAAAUCCUGGUAUAACACUAGACUAUCCACCCGAGACACAUCCAGCUACGAUCCAAUCUUUGUGUCAAGGAAUUCAGCAGACAUGCACGGACAACAAUGAACAGUAUGAAAGUUUUGAGGAUUAUGUUGAUUUUAUGACAAACAAAAUACCGUAUGGCUCAUCCGAUCAGCUUGAUCAAGACAGUGUUAGUUGUCGAACAUUGCACAUACAACUUGCGGCUCUAGCUCCAGAUGUGCACUGUCCGCAUUGUGGUCCGACGGGGGGAGAAGCAUGUACAAACAAAACAUCACAAUCAUAUUACGAAGUUGAUUAUCUGUCAUGCGCUUAUAAACGGAAGACACAUUAUUCAUAA